CCAGGUCCUGGAUGGCGCUGCACAGUCAAUCCCACUUCCAAGCCGGAUCUCUAAAAGGGGGCUGAGUGGCAGAGAGGGGACGACAACACCGGAAUGAGGAAACUGACGAGGACGACCCAUGUGCAAAACAACAAAGUUGUUCGUCGCUGAUAACCGCGCAACCUGAUGAACCGCGGGUCACUCCACUCCAGUCAGCCAGAGGCGAAUCCUCUCCUCUCCGGCUCCUCUCCAGCCCGCAGCCUGACACAAGCUCCUCUCUCCCUCCUCCUGCAUCCAGUGAUGUCCCUGCUCCUCAUCGCGGUGCUCUCCUCACUCCUCGUGCGCGACGCUGGGGCGACGUGGGGCGCCGGCGUCAAGUACGCGGUGAACUGCCCGGACAGAUGCAGCGCGGAGCGGUGCGGCGGCACGCAGCGGUGCGCACGGACCGUCCUGGACGACUGCGGCUGCUGCCAGGUCUGUACGGCCGGCAGAGGGGAGCACUGCUACCGCACCGUGUCGGGGAUGCACGGGGUGAAGUGCGGACCGGGAUUAUUCUGCGAGUUCUACAAGGAUGAGGACGAUUAUGGAGACGAAUAUGGGAUCUGCAAAGACUGUCUCUAUGGAACCUAUGGGAUCGAGUGCCGCAAGACAUGCAACUGCAAGGGAGGCAUUUGUGACAGGGAGACAGGAGCUUGUCUCACCCUCAAAUUCUUCGCCAAAAUCGCCAGCAAGCUCAAGACGGAGCCAGACACAGGGGCAGAGGUGGGCUCAGGAGAGGUCGGCGCUGCCCAGAGCAGAGAGCAACACACGGACAGGUCCGCUGCCCCGAAGAGGCAAAACCCUCGCUGACGAGUGCCGACAAGACUGAAUCUGUUCAGUGUAAAUGUAGCAUUAACUUAUAAAUGAUCUGAAAGAUAUAUUUUAUUAUAUGUUCAAUGAUAAACAGAAUUUUUUUACAGCAUUUGGAAGUGUUGUUUGGUUCACGUCACCUUUUUUCUAAUGAAAUAUGCAGCAUAUGUUAUUACCUUCGAAGCCUCUGUCUCUUUUCUUCUCUUAUUGCUAUUCAUCUGCUAGAAAUGAACUGAAACUGUAGUUAUCCAGCUCCCUCUCCUAUCAUAUUCAUUUUCAAACUGGUUAUAGAAAUAUUUUAACGUUUUCCACAAUGACACAAUGACUUAAUUUCAAUUGUAUAUAUGAAUAAAAGGACGUGGGAACUACAUAUAUAAUAUGCCAGCCAUUGUAAAGAAUGCUCUUACAAUUAAACCAAAGUUAUAACUCA